AUGCUUAUAGCUGGUCUAUUCGGGUGUUUUGAAGAUUGUGGUAUAUGUUUUUAUGGUUGGUGUUGUCCAUGUUGUUUAUAUGGACAAAAUGCAUCAAAAAUUGAUGGCAGUUCAUGUAUCGGUUCUUGUUCUCUUUGGCUCUCCCUAUACAUGUGUAAUUUUAUGUGGUGUACACAUAAGGAUACACGUCGUCGUCUACGUCAUAAAUAUGGCCUACCUGAAAGUGGUUUCUGCGAUAGUGAUUGUUGUACAAGUUUUUGUUGUCAUAACUGUGCCUUAUGUCAGGAAGCAAGAGAAUUAAAAAAUCGAGAAGGUUUGCCUGCUCUCGGUCAGCAGCAGAUUAUUAUUCAACAGCCCACGGCAAUGGGUAUGAUGGCAACACCUAAUCAACAAGGUACAUAUUUUGUACCAACACAACCAGAACAAGGUGUUUUGCCAGCUGUAGUUACACAACCAAUGACCGCGCCACCAGAUUAUAAAUAA